AUGCAGGCCCGCAGGCAGGGAGGCGCGCGAGAUGAGCGCAGCACCUUCCCCGCGGCCACGUGUAGACGGAGCUCGCCUGCUGGCGGGUAUUCAGGGCGCACCGCCGUCCGGGCCCGGGCGUCGGCCCUUUCCCCGAAGCCCAGCAGCUCGGGGCGUGCUGCUCCCAAGCCACGGCCCGGUAGGCCGCCGCCCAAUCAGAGCCUGCGCUGCAACGUGGAGCAGAGCGAGGUGACGAAGUUCCUCCGACAGAUCGGCCUGAUGCAGUAUGCGCAGACCCUGUACAGCAGCGGCUUUGAAGACAUGGAGACGCUGCUUGAGAUUGAGGACAGUCACAUGAGAGACCUGGGCAUGCUCCCGGGACACCAGGUCAAGCUUCGGAAGAGGCUGGAAGAAUUUGAUGCAGACAUCCCGGUGGUUCAGAUCCACCCGCAGAGAUGCCUCGGGGACUGGGAGGACGAAGACGACGCGCCACCCGUGCGCGUCUCCGCCUCAUCACCCUACGGACGAGGUUCGGCUCCAAGCGACCGGACCACCACGUCGGUUCAGAUGAGCUGGGCACAUCUAAAAGAGAUUGGCACGGACGUGGUUGGGGCAUAUUUCUGCCGGAAAAUCUUUGAGCUCAAGCCCGAGACGAUGGAACUCUUCCCCAUCGCGGUGCGCAGCCGCUACCGGGAUUGGGCCACGGAUGAGGAUGAGGACGAGCGAAACCUUGCCGCCUCCCCUGCACUUCGGCGGCUUUUCGGCCGCGUAGUGGACGCCGUGGGCUCGGCCGUGGCCGGGCUCCAGGACAUGAACAAGAUGGUGCCAGCGUUGACGCAGCUGGGCAUGCGGCACGUGGGGUACAACCUCAAGGAGGAGUACUUCGAGAUCUCCGAGAAGGCGUUGGUGCUGACUCUCCGAGAGGGCCUCGGCGAUCUCUUCACGAAGGAAGUGGAGUUCGCCUGGAGCAUGGUUUACAACUUCAUCAUCGCCACGAUGCUUGCUGGCUUUCGCACCGCCCGUGCGGAAGUGCAGGCCAAGCAGGCAGA